AUGGAUGAUAUUCAAGGAUACAUACCAAUAUUCCUUAUUUUCCUAGCCUUAAUAAUAUUGCUUCAAGCCAUACUCAAACCUUCAAAAUUUCGUCUUCCUCCUAGUCCUUUGGCUUUACCAGUUAUUGGACACUUCCACUUGGUAAAACCACCACUUCACAGAUCUUUUCAGAAGCUCUCAAAUCGUUAUGGACCCUUGAUUCACCUCUACCUUGGCUCCACUCCCAUUGUUGUUGUUUCCUCAGCAGAAAUAGCCAAAGAGAUCUUCAAAACACAUGAACUUUCUUUCUCCAACAGACCAGCAAAUGUUGCUAUCAGAUAUCUCACUUAUAACUCGUCUGAUCUGGGGUUUGCCCCUUAUGGACCCUACUGGAAGUUCAUGAAGAAGCUUUGCAUGUCAGAACUUUUUAAUGGUAGGAUGCUGGAUCAAUUCCUGCCCAUUAGGAAAGAGGAGAUAAAUGAAAAAGCUGUUUCAAAGGAUGAGGCUCACAAAGUGACAGAAAGGGUGAAGGAUUCUGCCAAGGUGAGUGGAAUGUUUAACCUAGCAGAUUAUUUCUGGUUUUGUAGGGGAUUGGAUCUUCAGGGAAUUGGGAAGAGAAUGAAGGAGGUUCGUGAGAGGUUCGACAUCAUGAUGGAAAGUAUCAUUCAGGAACAUGAAGAUGCAAGAAAUAAAUCGACCAGAAAGGAUGCUCCAAAAGAUGUUCUCGAUGCUCUUUUGAGUAUUUCUGAAGAUGAAAGCUCAGAUGUGAAAAUAACCAGAGACAACAUUAAAGCCUUAUUAGUGGACAUGUUCACAGGUGGGACAGACACAACUGCAGUUACUCUAGAGUGGUCACUGGCAGAACUAAUUAACCAUCCAACAGUAAUGGAGAAAGCAAGGAAGGAGAUUGACUGCAUCAUUGGCAAAGACAGAAUGGUAAUGGAAAUAGAUAUAGAUAAUCUUCCUUAUCUCCAAGCCAUAGUGAAGGAGACACUGAGGCUUCACCCUCCAUCUCCAUUUGUAUUGAGAGAGUCAACUAAGAAUUGCACCAUUGCUGGAUAUGACAUUCCAGGAAAGACUCAGCUUUUCACUAAUGUGUGGGCUAUUGGUAGGGAUCCAAAGCAUUGGGAUAACCCUCUUGAGUUUAGGCCACAAAGGUUUCUUAGCAAAGACAAUGAGAGCGGAAAAAUGGGUCAAGUUGAUCUCAGGGGACAACAUUAUCAGCUUUUGCCUUUUGGAAGUGGAAGAAGAGGGUGCCCUGGAACUUCACUAGCACUAAAGGUUGUUCACACCACCCUUGCUGCUAUGAUUCAGUGCUUUGAAUGGAAGGGUGAAGAAAACAACGAAGAAUAUUGUGGCAGUGUUGACAUGAAAGAGGGACCCUCAUUUAUUCUUUCAAGAGCUCAAUCCAUGAUUUGUAUCCCAAAACAAAGACUCGUGUCAUGCUAA